GUCCAUUCGUUCUGUUGUGGCGUGCGUGUCAUCGGACGACGCUGAUGAGUUACCUUCGAGCGUGAGAUGCCUCUGCCUGUCGCAACUGCGUCGCGAGGCUUGUCGUCGGGCGGCGCGACGGCGUAAAAAUGGCGGUGUGAAGCGAUGGCAGGACGUAGAUCGACGUUAACGAACGCGGCGGACUCGCUGUCCGGAUCGGGCGGCGGCGGCGGCGGUGGCGGUGACCCGCUACGUGAACUCUUCGAGGCCUGCAAGACCGGCGAUCUCGCGAAGGUGAAGGCGUUGGUCAACCCGAAGACGGUCAACGCCCGCGACACCGCCGGACGCAAGUCCACGCCGUUGCACUUUGCAGCUGGAUAUGGUAGAAAGGACGUUGUAGAAUUUCUUCUAUCCGCUGGUGCAUCAAUUCAAGCACGUGACGAUGGUGGUUUACAUCCAUUGCACAAUGCGUGCUCCUUCGGACAUUGCGAUGUCGUGAGACUGCUCUUGGAAGCAGGAGCGAGUCCAAAUACAAGGGAUAAUUGGAAUUUCACGCCUUUGCAUGAGGCGGCGAUUAAGGGUAAAAUAGACGUAUGUAUUACUCUGCUACAGCACGGAGCAGAUGUAAACAUUAGGAAUACUGAAGGAAAGACUGCGUUAGAGGUAGCUGAUGCCUCUACUAAACCAGUACUAACAGGAGAGUAUAGAAAAGACGAGCUCUUAGAAGCCGCUAGAUCUGGAAACGAAGAACGGCUGUUGCAGCUGUUAAAUCCACUAAACGUCAAUUGUCACGCCAGUGACGGAAGAAGAUCUACGCCGUUGCACUUAGCAGCUGGAUAUAACCGAUCCAGAGUGGUACAGAUCCUUCUUCAGAACGGCGCUGAUGUGCAUGCCAAGGAUAAAGGAGGUCUUGUGCCACUUCACAACGCCUGUUCGUACGGCCAUUUCGAAGUAACUGAGGCACUUCUGAAGCACGGUGCCGCCGUCAAUGCCAGUGAUCUUUGGACGUUCACCCCGCUGCACGAAGCCGCGAGUAAAUCCAGAGCAGAGGUUUGUUCCUUGUUAUUGAGCGAAGGUGCCGAUCCGACGCAAUUGAACUGCCAUAGUAAAAGCGCUAUCGACGUAGCACCGACACUCGAAUUACAAGAGAGACUAGCAUACGAAUACAAGGGUCACUGCCUAUUAGACGCUUGCAGACAGGCAGAUCUUACUAAACUGAAGAAAUAUCUGUCUCAAGAAGUCGUGAAUUUCAAGCAUCCCUACACGGGAGACACACCAAUGCAUUGCGCGGUAGCGUCGCCUUACGCAAAGAGAAAGCAAGUGAUCGAGGCCUUGAUCCGAAAGAAUGCCGCUAUGAACGAGAAAAAUAAAGACUUCCUCACGCCGCUUCACGUGGCAACCGACCAUUCGCACUAUGACGCGAUGGACAUACUACUCCGGCAUAAUGCCAAGGUCAACGCGCUCGACGGUCUAGGACAGACCGUGCUGCACAGGUGUGCCAGAGAGGAUAACAUGCAGGCUUGCAGAAUACUCUUGUCGUACAACGUCGACCCUUCGAUAGUGUCCCUUCAGGGGUACACGGCGGCGCAAAUAGCCGCCGAGAACGUGCUGAAAAUACUGCAAGCGAUUAAAUUGGUAGAUCCACCGAGCGGGACCGAUGACGCGGAGGCACAACUGUUGGAGGCGAGCAAGUCGGGCGAUCUCGCCGCGGUGGAGCGGAUAUUACAGGCCAAUCCGCAUGCUGUGAAUUGCCGCGACUUGGACGGCAGGCACUCAACUCCGCUGCACUUUGCAGCGGGUUUCAACCGAGUGCCCGUUGUAGAAUACCUAUUAGCACACGGUGCAGACGUGCAUGCCAAAGAUAAAGGUGGAUUGGUUCCUCUUCACAACGCUUGUUCUUAUGGCCACUACGAAGUCACGGAAUUAUUAGUAAAGCACGGCGCGUCGGUGAACGUCGCCGAUUUAUGGAAAUUUACUCCGCUUCACGAGGCUGCCGCCAAGGGCAAGUACGAGAUAGUGCGAUUACUCCUGAGACACGGAGCGGACGCCACGAAGAAGAACAGAGAUGGCGCGACGCCGUUGGAUUUAGUGAGAGACGGUGACCAGGACGUAGCGGAUUUACUACGUGGAAAUAGCGCUCUUCUCGACGCGGCAAAGAAAGGCAAUUUAGCCAGAGUUCAAAGACUGGUUACGCAAGAUAACAUUAACUGCCGAGAUGCGCAAGGACGGAACAGCACUCCGUUACACUUGGCCGCGGGGUAUAAUAACCUGGAAGUGGCUGAAUUCUUGCUUGAACGUGGUGCAGACGUGAACGCGCAAGAUAAAGGCGGCCUUAUUCCGCUGCAUAACGCAUCGAGUUACGGUCACCUGGACAUCGCAGCUUUGCUCAUCAAAUAUAAUACCGUAGUGAACGCAACGGAUAAAUGGGGAUUUACUCCGCUUCACGAAGCUGCGCAGAAAGGUCGGACACAGUUGUGCGCCCUUCUACUCGCCCACGGCGCCGAUCCAUUCUUAAAGAAUCAGGAAGGACAGACUCCGGUGGACUUGGCCAGCGCGGACGAUGUAAGAUGUUUAUUGCAAGAUGCUAUGGCUUCUCAACAAAUCGUUCCGUCAGUACCCUCCGGCAACAUGGUGAAUAAUACCGGCGGCAAUUCCAUUAACAGUAGACCGCCUAGUAUCGUAUCCGUUCCGGUGACUCCGCCACCGCCUCUUACUCAAGAAACGGUCAUCAUGCCGUCUGGCGCCGCUAUGACUCUGUGCGUACCGCUGGCCCGUCCAACAUCGUGCCUGAGCCCGAUGCCGCCAAGCGAGCCGUGCUCCGAAAAGGAAUCCAAAGACAUGUGUAAAGAGCACAAUAGUGCCAUCACGACCGUCGCUGGCUUCCUGCAGAGUCUCGGCUUGGAGCAUCUGCUGGAGCUGUUCGAACGUGAGCAAAUCACGCUGGACAUACUGGCGGAAAUGGGCCACGAGGAUUUGAAGCAGGUCGGAGUGUCGGCUUACGGUUACAGGCAUAAAUUGAUCAAGGGCAUGGACAAGUUGUUGAACACGGCAGCGGGCUCCCUAUGGCAACCCUCCAUAAAUCCCGGCACCCUGCUGGUGGACCUACUGGCAGAGGACAAGGAAUUUCUCGCGGUCGAGGAAGAAAUGCAAAGCACCAUCAGGCAGCACAGGGACAACGGCCACUCGGGCGGUAUCUUUUCACGUUACAAUAUAGUCAGAAUACAAAAAGUCCAGAAUCGCAAGUUGUGGGAGCGGUAUGCGCAUAGGAGACAGGAGGUAGCCGAGGAAGUCGGCGCUGCUGCUCCCGCCUCUCCCAGUACCGGACCACGUGGUGCUCCCACGUCGACGGUGUCACAGGCGAACGAGAGAAUGCUGUUCCACGGCAGUCCGUUCAUUAACGCCAUUGUGCAGAAGGGCUUCGACGAGCGGCAUGCGUAUAUCGGUGGAAUGUUCGGCGCGGGCAUUUACUUCGCGGAACAUAGCAGCAAAAGCAAUCAGUAUGUUUACGGCAUAUGCGGCGGCACGGGGUGUCCCGCGCAUAAGGACCGAAGCUGCUACAUUUGUCACAGGCACUUGCUGCUAUGUCGAGUCACGCUCGGCAAGUCGUUUCUACAAUUCUCGGCGAUGAAGAUGGCGCACGCCCCACCUGGCCACCACAGCGUAAUGGGCAGGCCGUCGCAAGGCGGCCUGGUGUUCCCCGAAUACGUCGUCUACCGGGGCGAACAGGCAUAUCCGGAGUAUCUGAUCACCUACCAGAUCGCGAGGCCCCAACAGGAGAGCGGCAGCAGCGAGGGCGUCGAGGAACGGUGAUCGGAAGAGCUGGGCCCUGCGGCAAGACUGUGCAGUCUCUGCUGCUGUCAGAGACCGAGGGCUUGCGGCGCGCUGUCGCGAACAUAAAGUAAGAGAUCUGCCUCGAGCUCGACUUACACCAAUUCUUCCAUUUUUAACUGAUUAGGCUAGAACUUGCAAGAGAGUAAACAUCGAAAUAUAUACCUACGAAAUAUCUUACUCCAAAAAAAA